AUGGCCGGCGGAGCCAAGAAACCAGUCAAUAUCUUUCGCCUCAAAGACCUGGGUGAGCCCAGCCAGGCCUUUAACUGGCGAUUAUGGUUUGCAGUGACUUCAUUUGGCCUCAUGGGUGCUGCCCGAGGUGUGGAUGAGGGUUUGAUUUCAGGCGCCUUCAAUUCCAAGGAUUUUCAACGUUACAUCAAUUAUGAGUCGUAUUCUGAGGUGGAACAAACCAACAUCAAGGCAAAUGUCACCGCUAUGGUCCAGAUAGGAUCUGUCGGAGGUGCACUUUUCGCCUUCUUGGUCUGUGAUCGCAUCGGUCGUCUCUGGGCAACUCGUCAACUUUGCGUUAUUUGGAUCGUCGGAAUCGCUAUUUUCAUGGGUAACAGUGGCAGCCUGGGUGCUGUCUAUGCCGGUCGCUUUAUUGCGGGACUCGGUGUGGGCCAAACAGUUGUCGUGGCUCCCGUAUAUCUUGCUGAGAUUGCGCCUGCUGCCAUUCGUGGCCUCUGUACCUGUGUCUUUACAGGAUUUGUUUAUUUAGGAAUUGUGCUUGCUUAUUUUGCCAACUAUGGCUGCGAGCUCAAUCUUGGUGACAAAACUCACAAUCGCUGGCUCGUCCCUACAAGCCUCCAUAUCAUGUUUGCCGGCAUUAUCUUUUGCCUCUCAUUCCUCCAGUAUGAAUCGCCCCGGUAUCUGGUCAAACGUGGCCAGCUUGACAAAGCCAUCUCCAAUCUCUCAAAAGUCCGCGGUCUACCGUCCGACGAUGAAUAUAUCAUGCGUGAGAUUUCCACCAUCCAAACCACUCAUGAAGCUGAGAUGGAAGCCACAUUGGGGUCCGGUGCAAUGGGUGUGAUCAAAGAAACCUUCCUAGUCCCUUCGAAUCUCUACCGAGUCUACCUCACAUUUAUGGCGCAACUUCUUUCGCAGUGGUCCGGUGCCGGUAGCAUUACAGUCUACGCUCCAGACUUGUUCAAGCUGCUGGGAAUUACGGGCAACAACGAGUCUCUUCUUGUCACUGCCGUGUUCGGAAUCGUGAAACUAGUUGCCGCCAUCAUCUGCGCUCUCUUCUUGGUCGAUGUCAUCGGACGCAAGCGAGCGCUUCUUAUUGGAAUCACUCUACAAGCAAUCUCCAUGGUCUAUAUCGCGAGCUUCCUAACCUCCGUUCCCCAAAUGGGAGUGAUCGAUAGCUUCGUGCUACCAGAUAACAAAAAGGGUGCGAGCAGGGGUGCAAUUGCAAUGAUCUACUUAUCUGGAUUCGGAUGGGCCCUGGGUUGGAAUUCCAUGCAGUACUUACUGACUGCGGAGCUUUUCCCCCUGCGCAUCCGUGCUCUUUGUACUUCCAUGGCCAUGACUCUGCAUUUUGCGAACCAAUACGGGAAUGCACGGGCCGUUCCCAAUAUGCUCCUCCCCGUGUCCCAGGGUGGAAUUGAUCCCAAGGGCACAUUCUGGUGUUUUGCUGCUAUUACUAUUGUUGGUGGUGCCUGGGUCUGGUUCAGUAUUCCGGAGACGGCAGGUCGCUCGCUCGAGAGUAUGGACCGUCUCUUUGCUUUGCCAUGGUACAAGAUUGGUCGGUAUGGUAACCGGGAUGCCGAUGAGCGUGAUCAGGCUGUGGAUGAGAAGAUGGGGAUGGCAGAACAAUCGCACGGAGCGGCCGAACAUGUUGAGAAGCAAGAUCAAACUGGCCGGGUAUGA